CAACGAGAACCCGGAAAUGCCUAGAAAACCUUUCGCCGCGUGCUCUCCGGUCUGAGAAGCCCACAUUUCCUUGUGGACCUCGCGGUUAUAUGUAUAUAUACACACACAGCCUGACUUUUGACUUCAUCGUGCACGUCUCUUUGCCAUUUUCCGUUCCGCCCGAUUUUUGACGUAGUCGUGGUUGCUCAAGUGUUUUAUCGAUGUGAAGUUCAAUGUAGGCGUCGCUCAGGUUCAUCUCUUGCCUAUUACACGCAGUACGAGCUCAGUGGUGUGUGUGUGUGUGAGAGUGAGUGAGUGAGAGUGAGAGUGUAUAUGUGUGUGAGGAAGCGGUAUGGAGGUUUUGUGGCUCCUGCCGCUGCUCGUUGUGCCGGUCCUGUUUUGGACCAGCACCACGUUCGUUUUCUAUUUCAAGAAAUGUUUCUACGUGGCUUACAUGAUGCUGUUGGCUAUGAUCGCCAUUCCCAUUUGUAUCGUGAAAAGCGGCGGCCGGGACGUGGAGAACAUGCGGAUUAUUCGCUUCUUGGUGCGGCAUGUAAAGUAUUUCCUGGGUCUACGCUAUGAGGUCAGUGGCUGGGAGCACUUGCAGACCGAGGGACCGUAUGUAAUCAUCUCCAACCACCAGUCAUCUCUGGAUGUGCUGGGUAUGAUGGAGGUUUUGCCUGAUCGCUGCGCCACUAUUGCCAAGAAGGAGCUGCUGUGGGCAGGAACAGUGGGCUUGGUGUGCUGGCUAGGGGGCAUCGUGUUCAUCAACCGCAAGAAAACUAGUGAUGCUAAGAGCGUCAUGGCUGACACUGCCAAGAUCAUGCUGCACGACAAGAUCCGCCUGUGGGUGUUUCCUGAAGGAACACGGAAUCAGAAAGGUGACAUCCUGCCAUUUAAGAAGGGUGCAUUUCAUCUGGCAGUUCAGGCCCAGGCACCCAUCAUUCCCAUUGUGUUCUCCUCCUAUAGCAACUUCUACCUUCGGAAGGAGAAAGAGUUCAAAUCAGGAACGAUCACUCUGAAGAUCCUCCCCAAAAUUGCGACAAAAGGCUUGACAUCUGAUGAUGUGUCGUCACUCUGUGACCGGUCGUAUGCCGUGAUGUGCACUGCCUUUCUGGACAUCUCCGGCCAGUCACCUCAGUCCAAUGGGCCGUCCAAUCACUGAGCAUUUCGGUGACUUCAUCUACUGUAUCUCUCUCAUUGCCUCUCAUAGCCGCGAUGCUCUCUGACGGCUCGAGACUUUGCAGUCAUGGUGAUUGACGGUAGCUGUGGCAACUAGACACUUCCAGUAUCUUCUUCAGUGUCCAUAUAAAGCCACAUUUUACACACACACACACACACACACUUGCCUAUAUAUACACACACACAUACACUAAGUACACUCUGGUCUCUCAUUGGGACUGUUGGAAGUGCAUGGGUGUGGAGUUGAGGGCAACGACCCUUGACUUUGCCCAUUGGAGACAGUCUGUUUGGAGCAUUUUUAUUCAGUAGGUUUGUUUCAGAAGGGAAGUUUGUUGUGGAUGUGCAUUAAUCAUGCAUGCCUUUGGACGCUUUUUCCUCUUCUUUGCUUCUUUUUUUUUUUAAAUCCUGGACAAUUUGUCGUUUCAUUUUACAUUUUUCAGCCCCUUCCCUGAUAAUCAUUUACUUGCAGCUGAUCUUUUAGGUCUUCCCAUGUUCUUUUAAACCAUUUUUCAUUUAGUUUUGGUUCAUGUUUAAUUGUUCAAUUGAUGUCUUUUGCCAUCAAGUCCUGCCUUAGGACCCAGCCAAUGAAAAAGUGUACUUUAAGUCUGACUACCACCAGUGGCAAACUUUCACCAUUUCAAAUCCUACCCCAUAAAGCAGAAGUAGGUGGUUUCGGAGGAAUUUUUCACUUGAUUGUACUCAGUGUUGCUAAUGUAUUUCCCCUUAAUUAAGCCUUAUCAUUGGAGUUUGCACGUAAAAAAAAUAAGCCUUUUUGUUGCUUAGCUUUAUUUAUUUUGUAUUCUUGCCUUUUUGCCAUUUUACCUUUUGUCCUUUGUUUUGGAAAACGUACCUCUUUAGCUGUAAAGGUAAUUUCAUGAAAUGCAGUGUUGGAUUGUUCUAGGCAUAUUUGGCUACUGAAAAAAAUAAGUAAAUGAAAUAUAGCCUAUUCAAAUGUAGUAUUUAAUAAGUUAUUUUAGUUGUGAAUUAGAAAUAGCUAUUUGUGGUGCUGUUUGCUUCACCGUGAUGCGUUUAAUCUGUGUCAUAAACUUAUUCAGUGCUGCCAGAUUAAACAGGUGGCAGAUCAAACACCACAAUCUGGCUAUUUAUUAUUAUUAAUAUUAUAAAUUAUUAUUAUUAUUAUUAUUAUUAUUCGCCUUGAGUUAAAGUUUGUUGCAUUUCAGGGUAACAUUUCAGGAUGGGUUUCUACCUAAUGGUGCAUUCAAUCUGGCAAAUUAAACAAGUAAGGCAAACGGUUGCAUAAUUCGGUUAGCACCACACACAUGCGCUAUCUUCAUGUAUGCAUAUGCUAUGUGUGUGUGGAUAAUUAUAAAAUCUUUGGUAUUCGUGUUUUUUAACACUUCCAAAUCAACAUGUGGCCUGCUAUGAAAAUAAUAUUUAGAUUUUUAAAAUAACCUUUUGGUUAAUAAUUAUUUAUUCAUGUGUAAUUAAAAAAAAAAAAAAAAUCUUGUCAUAUUGGUAUAAUCAGGUAAUAUACCAAAACAAAUGCUAUAAAGUGUUCUUGUGCCAUGUGUGUAAAGUUUCUUAGCUACCACUUACAGCACUGUGAGUCAAUUAGUGAUCAGUGAUGGAAGAGAGUAUUGAAGAGGGGUGGGGUGGGUGACGACGUUUUGAUCUGUGUUCUGCAUUUUUACCCAAUUCCGGCUCGGUUCAUUUUGUGUAAGGUUGCAUUUUUAAAAAUACCUUACUACUUAAGGUUACCUAUUCCAUAUUGGCCAGGGUAUACUAAAAAUGAUAAAAUGAUUUUUUUUUUUCUUUCUUUUUUCUUAAAGGUAUAGCCUCUAUUUUUGAGAAAUUUAGCUGAACAACAUUCUUAAAAACCACAAAAUAUAUAUUUGAAGUUGUUCCUUGUUUAUAUCUGCUUGUUGUCAUAUUUGAUUGA